GUUCACUUUCCUUGCAUCCAACUUUUCUUUUGCUUAUCAUUCAAAGAAAGUCGCACUUUUAAUUACUACUCCUUUAUCUCCUCUUGAAGACUAGCAUUAGUAUAAAAAAGCCCUCCAUAAAUAAGGUCACAAGAAAAUACGACUAAAAUUCUAAACCAUACCAAAUAUGAAGGGUAACAAAACCAACAAUCUUAAUUCCAAUCAACCAUGGCUUAUAGCCAUAGCAAUAUUAUUAGGUAUCAUCACGGGUGCCCUUUUAGUGUCAGCUUUUAUGGGCCCCAACUGUAAAUUACCUGAAAAACUUUCUCUCUCCUCCACAUCACCUAUUAGAUCGUCUGCCACUUCAUCAAGUGGCAGGUCGAUUCAAUCAAAAGCCAUCCUUCACUAUGCAACAUCAAAAAUAAUCCCACAACAAACAUUAGAGGAAGUUACGGAAUCAUUUAACGUUCUCCAAUCCAAAAGUCCAUGUAACUUCUUAGUAUUUGGGUUAGGUUAUGAUUCCCUGAUGUGGGCCGGGCUUAACCCAGAUGGAACUACUCUAUUUCUAGAGGAAUCCCCUGAAUGGGUUAACAUAGUGUUAAAAGAUGCACCAUAUUUAAACGCGAAAACGGUGCCGUAUAGAACACAACUCAAAGAUGCUGACCGAUUACUUGAAAGUUACCGGAAAAACCCAAGCUGUGACCCCACCACUACAUUAAAGGGUAACCGGGAAUGCCCAUUAGCAUUGGAUAAUCUACCGGAAGAAGUGUAUGAAAGAGAAUGGGAUAUGAUAAUGAUAGAUGCUCCAAGAGGAUACGGGCCGGAUCAUCCGGGUAGAAUGGCGGCCGUAUUUUCAGCUGCAGUAAUGGCACGUGCGAGAAAACAUGCGGGGAAUACGCACGUGUUCUUGCAUGAUGUUGAUCGGAAUGUGGAAGAGAGUUAUGCUAAGGAGUUUUUGUGUGAGAAAUAUAGAGUUGGGGCUGUUGGAAGAUUGUGGCAUUUUGAAAUCCCACCAUCAACAAAUGGUGGUAAAAGUUUUUGUUAGCCAAUUAAAUUAAAGAUUUACUGGGUGUUUGGUAAAUGACUUAUAAUCGAUAGUUUAUAGUUGAUUACAAUGGCUGAUUUAACCAACUGAUUUCGAACCCGCUGCUACGAGCAACUUGUCUAAAAACAGCUUAAUCAUAUAAAUAAAUUGUUUGAAAUAGCAAGUUUAGCAAAUAUUAGCUUGAAUUAGCUGGUUUGACCACUAAACUCUAUAUUAUAUCAAAAUAAGUUAAAAUUGCUCAAUGAGUUAUUUUGCCAAACACCCCUUAAGUAAAUAUCUUGAAUAAUUAAUGUUUUUGUAUCAUUGAAUUUGCUAUAGUCGUUAUAAAAUGAUAUCACAUUCAAAGUAUAAAUAUAGUAAAUUUAAUGGGAUGAAGGGAUAUGUUUACAAGAUUUUGAAGGUGUUUGACAAAAGAUUGAUAGCUUAUAGUUGAUACCUGAUUAGAGUGACUGAUUUGACCAGCUAAUUUUAUUAACUGGUUUGACCAGCUGAUUUUGAACUCGUUGCUAUAAGCAACUUGUUCAAAAAAACUUAUUUGUAUCAAUAAGCCAUUUGAACCAACUAAUUCACCAAACACUAGUAUAAGUUGUUUUGACCACCUAGUCCUUUAUUUAUAUCAAAAUAAGCUAAAAUUGUUCAAUAAACUACUUUGCCAAACACCCCCUUUAUGUCUUUUAAUUAGGACUAUUUUGUUGGAAAUAUUUCACAUGUGAUACAAGAUCCCACAUUGAUAAAAUAGUAGGUUGUGGACUUGCAUAUAUAUUGGGUGGGCUAAUCCUCCUAUUACCAUAUGGUUUUGGGAAACAAUAAACCUCAUCAAGUGUAUGUGUAAGUUAACGCUUUUGACCCGUGGGUUUAUGGGCCCGAGCUCAUGGAUGUCCCGUGUCCACAUGAGUGGACUACGGUGAGAUUAUGUGACGAAUUGUUACGGCAUAAUAUAUUUUCAGUAUUGUUAAUGAGAUUUUGGUGACAUAUGUUGAACUUGAUUAUCAGGUUCUAAAUAGCAAGAAAGUAAUAUUGAAAUCUAAGAGUUUUAAGAACAUGGAACAUAAGAUGGUUAUCAGUAUCACUUGUGUUUUUUUGUUUUUACAUUCCAAUGUAUAAUCUUUAUUUAUAUUAAAUUUCCAAUUAAAAAUUGACAAAUUUC